AUGAAGUUGUGCUUCGCCAACCCUGCCACCGGGCAGCAGAAGACCAUCGAGAUCGAUGACGAGCGCAAGACUCGCAUCUUCUACGAGAAGCGUAUGGCCCAGGAGGUCGCCGCCGACGCUCUCGGCGACGAGUUCAAGGGCUACGUCGUGAGGAUCACCGGUGGUAACGACAAGCAGGGAUUCCCUCUCAAGCAGGGAGUCCUUGUCCCGCACCGUGUCCGCCUCCUCCUCGCCAAGGGCCACUCGUGCUACCGCCCCCGCCGCACGGGCGAGCGCAAGCGCAAGUCGGUUCGCGGCUGCAUCGUCGGCUCGGACGUCCGCGCUCUCCACCUCGUCGUCGUCAAGCAGGGCGAGAACGACAUCCCCGGCUUGACCGACGAGGUCCUCCCGAAGCGUCUUGGCCCCAAGCGCGCGACCAAGAUCCGCCGCUUCUUCAACCUCGACAAGUCGGACGACGUUCGCAAGUUCGUUAUCCGCCGCGAGGUUGUCCCCAAGAAGGAGGGCGCCAAGCCUUACACCAAGGCGCCCAAGAUCCAGCGUCUCGUCACGCCGACCCGUCUCCAGCGUCGCCGCCACCUCCGCUCGCUCAAGCGCCGCAAGACCGAGCAGCAGCGUGAGCAGGUCGAGGAGUACAAGGCCGUCGUCGCCAAGCGCCUCGCCGAGCGCAAGUCGUCCGCCAAGGCUGUCAAGGCCAAGAAGGCUGCUGCUCGUGCGUAA